AUGGUGGCGGUGGAGGUGGUGGAGGUGGUGGAGGUGGUGUUGGUGGCGGUGGUGAAGAAGCCAGGCUCGCUUAUCAGAUGUUUCCACUUGUUGCAGACACACCUGGUGGUCAUCGUUGUCCUCUUAGCAGGGCAAGCCUCCUGCAACCAGACCACUACAACUCCUUCCCCUUUUACUGUUUCUGCUACAGCUCCACAAAUAUCAGUAUACUACUUUGUUGACAUUACGGUGGAUGUCACUGGACAGAGCAAGAACGAAUCUGAAAUCAUUGCCUGGCUCAAGCAGGUUUUCAGCACCAAGCUGGAGAACUGCGUGCCUCCAAAGCCUCCAGAAACUACUGCCACACCGACCUCCCCACAAACUACACCUGCAAGUACUGUCAAUGAGACGACAACUGCAGUAACCACAUUACAGAGCAAUAGUACAGGUGCAACAUCCACGGCCUUAGAAGGCAACAGCACUACAGCAGCGACCAAAAGUAAACAGAAAAGAAGCUUGAUACGUGUAGCUCGGGAUGUUAGUGGCAAUGGGACACAAAGCAGGUCGAACACUAAUGUCAUAAAUACAACGGGCCUAUUUCAAGGAAUGGAAGUGUCAUGCGUGACAAAAACUGAAAUAAGAAACACCACGUGCUCUGUGAUGCUGAAGCUGAGUCAGGCGGUGUCUUCAUGUUGUAUCCUCCGCACUCUCUGCGUAGCCACUAACACUUCCUCUGAUUUUCACGUGCUGGGGAAAAAGGCAGAUAGAGUGGGUCAGCUUAAAAAUGUGUGCAAUAACAGCAGCACAGUGGAAAACAGCUGCAUUUAUACUGGUCAAGACAACGCAGCAUGUAACAAGUCUGCAGCUGCAUAUGUGGUUCCACCAAGUAAUUCAACUAACUGCAGUGCAGGCAACAUCACCACAAGCAACUGCAACUGCUCCGACUACUGCAGUGGAUCAGAUGCGUACUACACUUUUAACAUUUCCAUACAAGAUCCCAAUAUAAACUAUUUAAAUGUCACCAACCUGAGUUCUCAGCUGCAACAUCUUCCACCUUGCUCCCAAAGUGCAAUUUAUAGCCUUCAAAGCUGUACCGUGAUUUUGGCCUUUGCCCGUGAGGUCCCCGUCUGUGAUGUAGCAAAUGCUGUGGUGUAUCUGCUCCAGUCUAAGAAACAAAUCAGUUUCAACGGGCAUGUGAUCCGAGCGGCCACCACCAGUGCUGCUAAUGCCUCCGUGCCAGCAACAGUCAACAGCAACACUACUACAACUACAACUAUCACUACAGCCACCACAAAUCCGAACACUUCUGUGACGACAACUGGAAGUACAACAACAAAUUCGUCAGCUGAAGCCCAAGCCAACGCACUGCUUGAAGAGACAAAAGACGUGUCCAAACUGAACUCCAGCCAGGUGAAUCAGCUGGUGUCUAAGCUGGAGGAUCUGUUAUCAGGCCCAAAUGUCAGCAUAGGGCUGGGGAACACAUCAGUCAACAUUGUCAGCAAUCUCCUGGGUGCUUCUCCAUCUGUGCUGUCACAGUCCUCCAACAGGAUAAUGGGGAUCGUUGAUACAGUGGGGCUCAAGCUGGUUGUUGGAGGGACGGCUCAGACCAUUUUGUCCCCGGCUGUUGCUCUAUCAGUGAAACCAGCAGAUGGCGCCAACUUUCAGAAAACAACUUUUUCCAUCUCAAGCCCCACCAAUGUGGAGGUCCGUGGGAAUCCCAGACUGAGAAGGAGCGUGACAACAAACUCCUCGAUCCCUCAGGGCUCCGUCACGCUGCCUGCCUCUCUCACUCAGAAUCUCACAUCUCAGGAACAGCAGCAGGUCUCCAGAGUUCAGUUCAAUUUCUACCAGAAGAGCACCGUAUUCCAGGACAAAUCCCUGGGAGUACGCAGGCUUAAUAGCGGGAUCCUAGGAGCAAGUGUCGCCAACCUGUCAAUCACAGGACUCCGAGACAAUGUUAUAAUCACCCUAAAAAACCAAGAGCCUAUUCCGGCAAAUUUUGUGGCAACGUGUGUCUUCUGGGACUUUGCAUUAAAUAAUGGAUCGGGAGGCUGGAGUUCAAAUGGCUGUUCUGUCCAAAACAGCACGGACAGUGAGACAAUUUGUGGCUGCAACCAUUUAACCAGUUUUGCCAUCCUGCUGGACCUCUCCAGGCAGCCUAUAACUAGUCGUCUCCAGAGCACCAUCCUUACCUUCAUCACAUACAUUGGCUGUGGAAUCUCUGCUAUCUUCCUGGCUGUCACCAUCCUCACCUACUUGGCCUUUGGCAAGUUGCGCAAAGACAUCCCAUCCAAAAUCCUGAUCCAGCUGUGCUUUGCGCUGCUCCUGCUGAAUCUGGUCUUCCUGGUGGACGCCUGGCUGGCGCUCUACCCAGACGCCGUGGGCCUUUGCAUUUCCACUGCCUGGUUCCUUCACUACUUCUUGCUAGCUGCCUUCACAUGGAUGGGUCUCGAGGCCGUCCACAUGUACGUGGCACUUGUGAAAGUCUUCAACGUCAAUGUAUCGCACUACAUGCUGAAGUUCUCGCUGGCUGGCUGGGGUAUCCCGAUGAUUGUGGUCAUUAUUGUCAUUGCAAUUGACAAAAAAAACUACGGUCUCGUUUCCUAUGGAAGGUUUAGCGAUGGCACUACUGAUGAGUUCUGCUGGCUGAAAAAUGACAUCGCCUUCUACGUGGCAGUGGUGGCCUAUUUCUGCGUCAUUUUUAUAUUUAACUUCGUCAUGUUUAUUGUAGUUAUGGUCCAGCUGUGCCGGAUAAAAAAACAAAACCCUCAAAAUCUCCAGCACCGCAGCACACUGCAGGAUGUGCGCAGUGUGUUGGGGAUAACUAUCCUGCUAGGCCUCACGUGGGGCUUUGCCUUUUUUGCCUGGGGGCCCGUUAACCUGCCGUUCAUGUACCUCUUUGCCAUCUUUAACUCCCUGCAAGGUUUCUUUAUAUUCGUGUUCCACUGUGCAGUGAAGGAAACCGUGAGGAGGCAGUGGAGGAUCUAUCUGUGCUGCGGCAAAAUGAGACUAUCAGAGAACUCAGUCAUGCAACAGACUGGUGACCUGUCCGUACCCUGCCUCCUGCCCUAA